CAGUGUUCUUUACGGUGUUCGAUAUCACGAAAUGGAUGGAUGUGGUGGGGAAACAGAACUAGGACAAUUUUAGCAAUGAAUGUGAUUUAUUUUUGUUAAAAGUUACACUGGAUGUUGUCAUAUAUGUUGUAUAUUUUAAUUACGAUCUCAGAUGAUCAGUAUUCCCUCUUAAGAGAACCGUGAGAGAAAUCGGCUGCAGCUCAGCUCCCAUAAUUCCUUGGCAGGUCUCAUCUGUGGUAGUGCGUGUAGUCCUAUACCGUAGUGAUGUGUUACCCGUAAAUAAUUUUCGGAAAAGCAGUGGUUUAACGAAGUUGUAAUGGAUGUCAAGUGUUGGAAAGUGUUUCAAGAUAUGUGUCAUUAAGUGUGUUGUACUUUGCGUGUAUUAGUAACGCCUACAAAAUAGGGAAUCUCGCCGUAAACGAGAGGCAGCGCGAGUCCCAUCGGUGCUGCCUACCCACCAUAUUUUUUAAUAACUGGCCUGAUGCCAUGGGUUGUUUUGGAGGUGGGGGCUCAAAAGCGGACCAUGAAGAAAGUAAAAAGAGUAAGGAGACAAACAAAAGGAUAAACGCACAAAUCCAGAAGGAUAAACAAUUGUAUAGAGCAACGCACAGAUUGUUAUUACUAGGUGCCGGAGAAUCGGGCAAAAGCACAAUUGUAAAGCAGAUGAGGAUAUUGCACGUAAACGGAUUUAGUGAAGAAGAGAAAAAGCAGAAAAUAGAAGAUAUUAAAAAGAAUAUACGCGAUGCAAUAUUAACAAUUACGGGUGCAAUGAGCACGUUGACGCCUCCCAUUGCUCUGGAGCAUCCAGCCAAUCAGAACCGAGUGGAUUACAUUCAAGAUGUUGCCUCGCAGCAUGACUUUGAUUAUCCACCGGAAUUCUACGAACACACGGAAAUCCUAUGGAAAGAUAGAGGUGUUCAAGCUUGUUUUGAAAGGUCAAAUGAAUACCAGCUGAUUGACUGCGCAAAAUACUUCCUAGACAAAGUGCACAUAAUCAAACAACCAAACUACACACCUACAGAACAGGAUAUCCUGAGGUGUCGGGUCUUAACAUCGGGUAUUUUUGAAACAAGGUUUCAAGUGGAGAAAGUCAAUUUUCAUAUGUUUGAUGUUGGUGGGCAGCGGGAUGAGAGACGGAAAUGGAUUCAGUGUUUCAAUGAUGUGACAGCCAUCAUUUUUGUGACGGCCUGUAGCAGCUAUAACAUGGUUCUUAGGGAAGAUCCUACACAGAAUAGGCUCAGAGAAUCGCUUGAUCUUUUCAAGAGUAUUUGGAAUAAUAGGUGGCUGAGGACGAUAUCAGUAAUCCUCUUCCUCAAUAAACAAGACUUAUUGGCUGAGAAGAUAAAAGCUGGCAAGUCACGUCUAGAGGAAUAUUUCGCUGAUUUUUCACGUUAUCAGACACCAAUAGAUGCAACAGCUGAGCCUGGCGAGGACCCUGAAGUGAUCCGAGCUAAAUACUUCAUUCGUGAUGAGUUCCUGCGCAUCAGCACAGCAAGUGGCGAUGGGAAACACUACUGCUACCCACAUUUCACAUGUGCAGUGGACACAGAGAACAUUCGACGGGUGUUCAAUGACUGCCGUGACAUCAUCCAGCGCAUGCACCUGCGCCAGUAUGAGCUGUUGUGAUGUCAUGGCAGUAGCAUAACUGUUGCCACCACUGUCACCACCACCUCCACCACCAUACAGCAAUUGCAGCAGGUCAACAUGGCAGCCACAUCCAACACAAUUACUGUUACCAUUAUCACCUGUCGUUACUAUCGUCACUGUUAUAAUCACCACCAUGUCACCACUGUUAUCACCACAGUGGCAUCACCGAGGGAAAGUGGAUGGUUCAUGAUUGUAGAAAGCUUUGUCAUGGAUGUGUUAUCACUACAGUUUUAUUCAUGGUAAUAGUCUACUCAAAUGUUCCCUUAAUUACAUACACAGAGCUGUAGACAUGGCUUUGAGAUGCCAUCCAUAGAUUGGAAGCUGCUAGUCUCAGCUAUGAAUUCAGACAGAUCACUGUUGGCUGUUGGUUUCAACCCAGAAAAAGAAAAGGAACAGAAGAAUUUUGGCAAGAGUUCUUUUCAAGAUCUUGUUGGUAUCGGUAAUCUCUGAAGUGGAUCUGGUAUCCCGCACAACAUUACGCUUUUCUGCUGGAUCUGACUGUGGGGAAAAAAGUGUGCUAAUGGAGGUCUGUAGGCUUAUUGUGUACCAUUUUGUUGUUUUAUGUUUUAAUUUUAAGACUUGUUUACCAUUAAUAUUUAUAUUGUUUGAUACUUGAAGUUUGACACUGAAUGUCACAUAGCAAGCCCUGAUUACACUGUUCAGCAUGUCACUAGUUUGAUGUCCCCAACUUAAAAUUGUGAUAGUAAAUGUUUGUGUCAUGUAGAGUGUGGUGCUUGUAGGAUAUACCACUGGCUAACUUUUAUUGAUUUGAUUUUGAUAUGGUUUGAGAAGAAAACACAAUGCACAGUGUUCUGUAACCUCUCUUCUGUUCCAUAACAUGUUUUCAGAGGCAUCAAGGUCUGUCAAAUUUAUAAUAUAACAGAGAGUCUGCAGUCUACUAAUGAUGCCAGCUGAAAGUUGUA